GAAUAUCCUAUCACACGCAGCGUUAUCCUAUCACACGCAGCGUUAUCCUAUCACACGCAGGGUUAUCCUAUCACACGCAGCGUUAUCCUAUCACACGCAGCGUUAUCCUAUCACACGCAGCGUUAUCCUAUCACACGCAGGGUUAUCCUAUCACACGCAGCGUUAUCCUAUCACACGCAGGGUUAUCCUAUCACACGCAGGGUUAUCCUAUCACACGCAGCGUUAUCCUAUCACACGCAGCGUUAUCCUAUCACACGCAGGGUUAUCCUAUCACACGCAGCGUUAUCCUAUCACACGCAGCGGUUAUCCUAUCACACGCAGCGGUUAUCCUAUCACACGCAGGGUUAUCCUAUCCAUAUGCAGGGAUCACGCAGCGAUCCUAUCACAUACAG